AACAUGGAAAACGUGCCCCAGGAAAAUGAAGGGAGGGAGCAAGUCCCCGUGCAGAAUGGAGAGGAAGCUCGCCCUUUGGGAGGGGGCGAAGGCCAAGAACCCGCAGGAAAUAUUAGAGGAGGUCGGGCUCCACCUGCACAGGAGUUUAGAGGGGAUGUGCCUGAUAGGCUUGCCAAUAACUUUGAUUUGAUAGAUGGAGAUGCAGAUGAUAUGGAACGGUUCAUGGAGGAGAUGAGAGAGUUAAGGAGGAAAAUUAGGGAGCUGCAGUUGAGAUACAGCCUGCGCAUUCUUAUAGGGGACCCUCCUCACCAUGACCAUCAUGAUGAGUUUUGCCUUAUGCCUUGA